AUGGUUGUGGGAUACGCAAUGGCGGUGGGAACGAAGAAUACGCAAGUUCGAUACGCCGCAUGUUUUCUCUCGAUCACUGGAGCCUGCAAUGCUGGACCCAUGCUGAUCUCAUGGGCAACUGGAAACGCAGCCCCUGACACUGUCCGGGCCGUUGCCACUGCCUUCAUUCCUGGUAUCGGAGCGUUCGGUUCUAUUAUAGCCGUCUGGACUUACCUCCCUAUUGACGCGCCAGAUUUCCAUAACGGUAAUUCGCUGAAUCUUGCCACGAGUAGUCUUGCCUGUCUGUUCGUCCUCGUCCUGGUCGUACAUCUUCGUCGGGAGAAUUGGAAGAGGGAACGUGGAGAGAGGGAUUAUCGGCUAGUGGGGAAGACCGCGAGAGAGAUUGAAGAGUUGGGGCAUUUGCACCCGGAAUUUAGGUAUCAGGUGUAG